GUGGCGGCCGGAGCAUGGCGGACCAGAUCCCUCUGUACCCGGUGCGCAGCGCGGCGGCCGCGGCCCACCGCAAACGCGCGGCCUACUACAGCGCGGCGGGGCCCGGGUCGGGGGCCGAGUGGCCCAGCAGCAGGUACCAGCUGGAAGAUGAGUCCGCCCACCUGGACGAAAUGCCACUAAUGAUGUCUGAAGAAGGCUUCGAGAAUGACGAGAGCGAUUACCACACGCUACCACGAGCGAGGACCGCGCGACGAAGGAGAGGACUGGAGCGGUUUGUCUGUGGAGGCUGGAAGCUCCUCUGUACCAGUUGCUGUGAUUGGCUGGUAAAUAUUUGUCAAAGAAAGAGAGAACUAAAAGCUCGCACAGUGUGGCUCGGAUGUCCUGAAAAGUGUGAAGAGAAGCAUCCCCGAAACUCUAUCAAAAACCAGAAAUACAAUAUAUUUACCUUUAUCCCCGGGGUUUUGUAUGAACAAUUCAAGUUUUUCUUGAAUCUCUAUUUUCUGGUAGUAUCCUGCUCGCAGUUUGUACCAGCAUUGAAAAUAGGCUAUCUCUACACCUACUGGGCUCCUCUGGGAUUCGUUUUGGCUGUUACCAUCAUGAGGGAAGCAAUUGAUGAAUUUCGGCGUUUUCAGCGAGACAAGGAAGUAAAUUCACAGCUCUACAGCAAGCUCACAGUAAGAGGUAAAGUGCAAGUUAAGAGUUCAGACAUACAAGUUGGAGACCUCAUCAUAGUGGAAAAGAAUCAAAGAAUUCCAUCGGACAUGGUAUUUCUGAGGACGUCAGAAAAAGCAGGUUCGUGUUUUAUUCGCACUGACCAGCUCGAUGGUGAAACUGACUGGAAGCUGAAGGUGGCGGUGAGCUGCACGCAGAGGCUGCCAGCCUUGGGGGACCUUUUUUCAAUCAGUGCUUAUGUUUAUGCUCAGAAGCCACAACUGGAUAUUCACAGUUUUGAAGGCACCUUUACCAGGGAAGACAGUGACCCGCCCAUUCACGAAAGUCUCAGCAUAGAAAAUACACUGUGGGCGAACACCAUUGUGGCGUCAGGUACUGUAAUAGGUGUUGUCAUUUAUACGGGAAAAGAGACUCGAAGUGUAAUGAACACAUCCAAUCCAAAAAAUAAGGUUGGUUUGUUGGACCUUGAACUCAACCAGCUGACCAAAGCGCUGUUUGUGGCUUUAGUUGCCCUGUCGGUUGUUAUGGUAACCUUGCAAGGAUUUGUUGGCCCGUGGUACCGCAGCCUGUUUCGGUUCCUCCUCCUCUUUUCCUACAUCAUUCCCAUAAGUCUGCGCGUGAACUUGGACAUGGGCAAGGCCGCGUACGGGUGGAUGAUCAUGAAGGACGAGAGCAUCCCCGGCACAGUCGUGCGCACCAGCACCAUCCCAGAAGAGCUGGGACGCCUGGUGUACCUGCUGACCGACAAAACAGGUACCGAGCCGGCAUCCAGUCCCCCUGUGGGUUUUAGGUAUGCGACCAUAUACACCAUGUUCCCGGUGUUCUCGCUGGUGCUGGACCAAGACGUGAAGCCGGAGACGGCGAUGCUGUACCCGGAGCUGUACAAGGACCUCACCAAGGGGAGAUCCUUGUCUUUUAAGACCUUCCUCGUCUGGGUUUUGAUCAGCAUUUACCAAGGUGGCAUCCUCAUGUACGGGGCCCUGCUCCUGUUCGAGUCCGAGUUUGUGCACGUGCUGGCCAUCUCCUUCACGGCGCUCAUCCUCACGGAGCUCCUGAUGGUGGCCCUGACCAUCAGGACGUGGCACUGGCUGAUGGCGGUGGCCGAGGUCCUCAGCCUGGGCUGCUACGUGGCCUCGCUGGCUUUUCUGAAUGAGUAUUUUGAUGUUGCCUUCAUCACGACCGUGACCUUCGUGUGGAAAGUGUCGGCCAUCACCAUGGUCAGCUGUCUGCCGCUGUACGUCCUCAAGUACUUGAAGCGGAAGCUGUCUCCCCCCAGCUACACCAAGCUCACGUCCUAGGCCGGCCACAGCGGCAGCGCGGGGGCCGUGUGGGGCUGCGGGGAGGUCGGGAAGGGACGAGCCCGAGGGCCCGGGGCCCCCGCCGCCUGGACGCUCCCGGCCCGCGUGGCGAGUCGCGCUCACCGUUGCUCACGACUGCGUUUCCGUGUCAAACCACUCACGUUUCUUUCGAAAAGAAGCCUAUUUCUCCCACUGUUACUGUAAAGCAUUCAUCUGACUCUCGUGUUCUGAGAAUUAAAGUGAAAGUUUAUUUAGCAUUUGGCCAUUUCCUAACAUUCAGAUUCUUUCUCCGAUGUCACGGUAGAGAAAGCCCCUUCACUUAACCAGAAUAAAGUCUAGACGCCAAA